AGUUUCGUCCAGGCGACCUCUUGUCGUCUAGGCAACGGCCGCGCGGCAUCUUCCCGGGGGCGCGCGGCGGGGGCAGACGCGGAACGGAACUGUGCGGGGCGCGUGGGGCACGGCUGGGGGGCGCGUGUCGCGUGUCGCGAGGAGGGCCCCGCGCGUGACGAGGAGCCGCUGGACGAGACCGAGGGACAGCCAUCAUGGCGGAGCGAAGUCAGACCGCGUCCGAGGCAGGCAACGACAUUGGACCAGAUGAAAUCAUCGCAGGGAACGUGAGCAAGUUUGCCGCUGUCCCCGUCAGCUAUUACGGGCCUCCCAAGAAGGGCCACUUGAUCUUUGAUGCCUGCUUUGAGAGCGGUAAUCUUGGCCGGGUGGAUCACGUGUCCGAGUUCGAGUAUGACCUCUUCAUAAGGCCCGACACCUGCAAUCCACGCUUCCGAGUCUGGUUCAACUUCACUGUUGAAAACGUGAAAGAGUCACAGAGGGUGAUUUUCAACAUCGUUAACUUCAGCAAGACCAAGAGCCUCUACAGAGAUGGGAUGACACCGAUGGUGAAGUCCACCAGCCGCCCCAAAUGGCAACGACUGCCACCGAAAAAUGUGUACUAUUACCGCUGCCCAGACCACCGCAAGAACUACGUGAUGUCCUUCGCUUUCUGCUUCGACCGCGAAGAUGAUAUCUAUCAGUUUGCCUACUGCUACCCAUACACGUACACGCGCUUCCAGCACUACCUCGACAGCCUGCAGAAAAGAAACAUGGACUACUUCUUCCGCGAGCAGCUGGGGCUGAGCGUGCAACAACGGCAGCUUGACCUCCUGACCAUAACCAGCCCGGCAAACCUCCAUGAUGGUGCUGAGCAGAAGGUGGUUUUCAUCACAGGCCGGAUCCACCCUGGGGAGACCCCCUCUUCCUUUGUGUGCCAGGGGAUCAUUGACUUUCUUGUAAGCCACCACCCAAUUGCUCGAGUCCUGAGGGACCACCUGGUCUUCAAGAUUGCACCGAUGUUGAACCCUGAUGGAGUGUACUUGGGAAAUUACAGGUGCUCCCUAAUGGGGUUUGAUCUGAAUCGCCACUGGCUGGACCCCUCUCCUUGGGCCCACCCAACUCUGUAUGGGGUGAAGCAGCUCAUUAUCCAGAUGCACAACGACCCGAAAACCAGCCUGGAGUUCUACAUUGACAUCCAUGCACACUCCACCAUGAUGAACGGCUUCAUGUAUGGCAACAUCUUUGAAGAUGAGGAGAGGUUCCAAAGACAGGCCAUCUUCCCCAAGCUCCUGUGCCAGAAUGCUGAAGACUUCUCCUUUUCCAGCACAUCCUUCAACCGGGAUGCAGUGAAGGCAGGGACCGGCCGGCGCUUCCUGGGAGGCCUGCUGGAUCACACCUCCUACUGCUACACGCUCGAGGUGUCUUUCUUCAGCUACAUCAUUGGGGGCACUGCAGCGACUGUGCCCUACACCGAGGAGGCCUACAUGAAGCUGGGGCGCAACGUGGCGAGGACCUUCAUAGACUACUAUCGCCUGAACCCCGUCAUAGAGAAAGUGUCCUUUCCCAUGCCCAGGCUCAGGAAGGAAAGAUCACCUGCCUUCAAGUACUCCCACGUUCGGGCCCAAACAGGUUCCCACUCAGCCAUCAAAGGAGAGAAGAAGAGUUCUUUCAAUCACAAAGACCACUCGCAGUCUUCGUAAAGCCUGCAAGGAUGCUGGCAGGGGUUGGGAGAAGGGUCUCCCUUCCGAGCCAGCAGAGGCAAGAGUAUCACAAAGGGGGCUCGGAAGAGAGAAGCCCCCCUUCAUUUCUCACAUGAGGAUUUCUGAAAUGAUAAGUAGCCUGGAAAGAAAG